UGCUAUAUUAAUGCACUUAUUGCUGAAAAUUGACGAAACUCCAGUGAUAAGUGACCUGCAAGUAUUUAGUGGUACCUCAAUUAUGUCGAAACGCACUACAUGCCAAACAGAGGUACCACUAUACAUUAGACGUAAACGCACAAAACGCAGGCCGCGAUAAAAGUGUGCAACAAAACGUAACUGAAAGUGUUGUUUAUAAACACGGCCCAUCUCGCCGAUAGGUGGUGCCUUCAUGAAAUUUUGGCAUUGCCAGCUGUAAGAAACGCUGUGCCGUCGUCUUCAGUGUCGUCGCCAUAUUUAAUUCUGUGCUGCAAGAAAGCAAUUUUUCGUAAAACGCAGCCAUUAUUUGAUGACAUUCAAUUAAUAAUAAAAAGGAACAAAAUGGUGUGAGAAAACAUAUACCAAGUGUGUGUUACAUUUGCAGUGGCAUAUAAGAAACUUUUUGCCCACAGCUCAACAGUAUAAGGUUUGUUAUACCCCAGUGUGCGACUCGAAAUUGUAUAAUGGAAAUUGUUGGACUCAAUGGUGGUGUCUUUCCUAUAUGUGUAUAUGCGAAUAUAAUGCGAGCGUGUGAGCGGUGCUGCUGCCUGCGUGUAUUGCUAUUUUAGAAUCGAACCUGGACACUGCAGUAUGAAAUUUAGUUUAAUAGCAAGAAUGCAAAUAAUGCCUGAUCCUUUAUCGAUUCAAUUUCUAAAUUCAUAUGUAUGUAUAAAUCAUAUGUACGUAUGUAUAUAAAUCUAUACAUAUACAUAUGUAGAAAAGAAUAUAAAAGUGUAUUUGUGCAGCGGCCUUGGCAUUCAUGCCAACACAUGUGUCCAGUCAAAACUCAAUUAUCAUCCGUAAUAUUGCAGUACAUAAUAUGGAGCAAUAUAUAGGACCUAUCGAGGACGCCGUUUAUUCGGACUUGAAAGUCGUCCAAUUGCAGGGAGAUGAAGUUAGCCCGCUUGUUCUGCCGGACGAUCAACAAUUGGUGUUCCAAGAUAAUCAGCAGGUUGUCUACCAGACCGCUGCGCCAGUGCAAUAUCAGCAGCCGCAGCAGACCAGCGCACCGGCCCAUUACAUUAUUGGGGCCGACGAAUUGGCUCAGCAGCAGGCACAACAGCAACAACAACAAGUAGUCCUGCAUCCAACACUAGCCGAGCAACAUCAUCACCAGCAGCAGGUUCACUAUCAGCAACAACAACAGCAGCAGCAGCAGGAUGCACAACAAAUGCAUUUGGAACAGCAGCAUCAGCAGCAGCAACAACAAUACGUGCAGCAACAACAACAAGCGCCAGCCAUUCAGCACACACAUCAAAUCUACUACACCUCGGAGCAAGUGUUGCAGCCAAACACGAUUGUACAGCACGCAUCUAUGCAGCAGCAGCUCCAGCAGAAGAAACAGCAGCAGCAACAGUAUCAGCAACACGCUCAGACCACGUACCAACAGCAAACGGCGCAACUGGUCCAGACCAGCCAACUACAACAGUCGCCACAGCAUCAGCCACAACAACACACUCUCCUCCAACAGACUCCGCCACAGGCGCAGCAACAAACGCUGCAGCUACAAACGCCGACGGGUCAGCAGCAAUCCCCCAUUGUGUAUCGCAUGACCACAACGCCACAUCAGCAACGACAAAUCAGCAUGUUAAAUAACACCCACGUAAUUGUUCAGUCGCCUGGGCAGCAAGUACUGAUACAGACACCCCAGCAUCAGGAGCUAAUCAUGCGACAGGCUACGCUGCCCCAGCAGGGCAUUAACAUACACACCUACAAUGCGAAUCGGGUGGUUUACACCACCUCGGCCCAGCAGCAACACACACUCCUGCAGAGUCCGCAGCACGUUCAACAACAGCAGCAGCAGCAACAACAGCAAUUGCAACUGCAAUCAUCGCCACUGCACACGCAAACGGCACAUCUGGUGCAGGCGAGGGUGGUGCAACCGCCGCAGGGCAAUGUCAUCUAUCAGCAGGUGCAGAUGCAGAAAUCAACCUUAACCCAAUCCCCUCAACAACAGCAACAGCAGCAGCAACAACAACAGCAGCAGCAGGUACAGUUGCAUCAACAACAGCAACAACAACAACAGCAGCAGCAGCAACAUCAACAGACAACCACUCAGCUGGUCACUACAAGUGCCACCGGCACGCAAGUGGUGCGUGCAGUUUUUCGCCCAAAGGUGCCACGUGGUGCUGGCACCAUGACCAACAGCAGUCGCCCGCCCAGCCUGAUCGCCACCCGACCAACUUUAACACCCGCCGGUGGUGCAGUGGUGCGACAAGUGCGUCCGCGUGGUGGCCUGCAUGCGAUCGGCGGUGCUGCAAUGCGAAACAUUCGUCCGGGCGCUGGCAUACGCGCCACUCGACCCACAACCGCGCAAUUGCUGGUGCAGACCAAUGUCGGCGAUGGCCAGACCAUGCAGAUCGUCACCCCUGGCCAGGCGACGCACGUGAUGCAGCCCAAGCAAUUGACAAUCACAAAUCUGGGGCAGCAGGCUGUGACUGGACAAACACAGCGUCUGUAUCGAACUCAAAUUGUAAAUGAGACUGCGACAGCCACGACGUCAUUGACGCAACAGCAACACCAACAGCAGCAACAGCAACAAAUGCAUAUGAUGCGACAACCCAUACGUUAUCGCGCCAUUAGUGGCUCUCCAGCAUCGGUGGUUAACAAUAGCGCGGGCAACACCACCACCACAACAACAACCAGCAAUAGCAGCAGCAACAGCAGCAGCAUGGGUCUUGAUCUGGAGGAGCGCAUACCGGGCGCUGUGGUCAAGAAGGAGCAGCAGAAGCCAGCAGUUGUUGGUGCCGCUGGAAACGCCACCGGCAACACAAACACCAUACCCAUGCAGUUAGGCACUGGCACCACCACGCUAACCAGCUAUAGCAGCUCCAGUGCCAGCGAAGAGGAGCAGCAUGGCAUGCGUCCCGCAAAUGCCAACACCAUGACUGUGGCCGAGUAUAAAAAACGCCAGCCGGCAAAUGCUGCUCCAUCGACCCUGACCGUGAUGCGCCAAGUGGGUGGCAGUGGUGGUGGAGGUGGGGUCAUACCAACACGUCCUGCCAAUUGCGCUGCCAAAAUGCCAUUGACUAGUGCGGCAGCUCUCGCUGGCCAGGCACCUGGAGGCACACGACUCGUCCAACAGCCACAAUCUCAGCGCACAGUCCAUUUGACACAGACGACAAACGCCGCGACGACGACAGCAGCGCCACCGCAACCACAGCUAUCCUCAGUUCAGCAGACAUCGCACAACAACUACGAAAUUCAUUCCCAGCAUGUGCUCAACAAUCGUGCUGGCUUGGCCAUUGCGGAUCGGGAUCGGAACAGUGCUAAAAUGCUGGUAAUACUUGCCUCCGGCGAGCAACGUCUCAUUACGUUCACAUUACCGCGAGAAUCUUGCACGGUACAGGAUCUGCUGGAGCAGGUCAGUGUACAGUUCGAUGACAAUACAACCAUCCAGUGUGUGGAGCAUAGAGGCGCGAAUGUGGACUUUGUGGUCACAGUUGGUUUUUCAGUCAACGAGUCGGCGAGCGAACUCAUCUCACGGGCCGAGGAAAGUCUACAGAUGACGCGCACCCAGGAGAGCGGCGGCUCAACGGCUGCUCAGACCCAGACUCCGGCAGCAACAGCUGCCUCUGCCGCUUAUAGUCAGGCCACAGCAGCAGCGGAGCAAGCGAAACGCGAGGCAGCCACAACCGCCAAUGCUGGUAAUGCACAGGCAGCUGCCGCAGAUGCUGGCACAACGUCGGAGGAGCAGCCGCCCCGGAAAAUCAUUGCCGGUUUCUAUGCCGUGUGCCAUCUCUGCGGCUUCACCGGCGACGAUCAUGCCAAGUGUGAGCGUUGCAAGCGUGUCUUCCAUGAGCCGCCAAAACGCAAAUCCUACGUGCCUAAGAGUGGAAAUCCUGCGACCGCAACAGCGACAGUACCAGCAGUGGCAACGGGUGAGACGCCGUAUAAGAAAGGCAACGCUCUGCCAACAGUAGCACGAAUGGGAAAACAGAUCGGUGUAGGCGGCUUUGCAACCGCUACCCGUGGACGCGGUAUGGCUAUACGUGGACGCACACGCAGCGGACGACGUGUGGCCGAAGCCGAGCCUGUAGUGCUGCUGAGCAGCGAGGAUGAGGCAGAUGUCGAUGACGGCAACUCCGCAGGCGACAAUCUGUCGACUGGAAACGAUGCUAAUAAUGCAAAUGGCAGUGCGCCGAACAUACCAGCUGCCUUUGCUUUUGACCCAACCGUGGCGGACGCUGACGAGGAAGCGCUAUAUAAAGAUUUUGUGCGUGGGGAUGUUACCGAUCUUUCGCACGCCGACAAUGACGAUUCGUUUAGCAUAUCAGUGGCUUGUACAUGCAUGCGUGUUCUGCCACAUCGAUUCGAUCAAAUGGGGCCGGUAAUAUUUACAUCGAAGGGUGUGCGCAUUUCUGGGGUCCUGCCGGGCAAGGACGAGAAAUUUGUGUUGAACAUUUACAAGCACGAGGUGAUAAAAGUAAUCGCUCAUUUCGCCAGCAAUGAUCAGGCACAGCCACUGUUAACUUUAUAUGUGCUGAGGAAAUGUGCACAGUACGUGAAGAGCUCAUUGAACUUGCCCGAGGAGCAACUAAGCGACCAAUUCGAAUUUAAAUCCAAUGGCAGUACGCAACACAAUCGCCGGCUUAUUCUGCUCUUCGAUGCGAUACCAUUUGCAGCUCGCGAAACCAUUAAGGCCAUGUUCUCCUGUCUAGAUGAAAUCCAGUCAGCGGACGCUGCAGAAAUUUUCCAACGUAUUGGCGACAUGGAUCGCAAGUCGGCAGAGGUGCCAUCAAAGCAGUUACCGCCACGUCAGCUACGUCCCGAUGAGCAGGUAAAUCUGCUUAUGUAUCCCCCUAAGGGUGCGGGUGGACUGAGUAUCCGUAUGGAGGACUAUGUGUGUCUGACGAAGGAGUCUUAUUUAAAUGACAUCAUCAUUGAUUUUUAUCUGCUGUGGUUGCGUAACACACAAAUUUCUGAGGCCCAACGGGAACGCACACAUAUAUUUAGCACCUUUUUCUAUAAGAGAUUGACGACGCUAACAAGACCGACGGAUAUGAAGCAGACAGCGGCACAAAAACGUCACGCCCGCGUACAGAAAUGGACAAAGGGCGUGGAUUUAUUCGAGAAGGAUUACAUUAUAGUGCCCAUCAAUGAGCAAAGCCAUUGGUUUCUGGCUAUCAUAUGCUUUCCCUGCCUUACCGGGCCAGUGACCUUUGAUACGAAUGUGCCCGUCGAACCCCAGCAAUUAAAGCGCACGCGUGGCAAAAAGGUGGCCAUGCAGAUUGGUAGUACGACAAUAACACCGCUGGUAAAACGGGAAUCCACUGGCAUGCCAGCGCUGCCUGCUGAAAUUUGUCGGAUAGGCGACGAUGAGAGCGAGCGUGAUGAGGCUGAGGGGGAUGAGAGCGACUUGGCAUCGGAGGACAGUGAGAACUCCAACCUUACAACUCCUCCAUCAACAAGCACACCAUCAGCGGCAUCUAAGGAGACGACGCCGACAAUGGCGACGUCGACACCAGCACGUGUUAACGCCGGUGGAGGCGAUGUGCCUGCGGUGAAGCAACCACUAAUUCUAAUAUUCGAUUCACUGGCAGGGGCGUCCCGCAGUCGUGUGGUUGCUACAUUACGGGACUAUCUGACCUGUGAGUAUAAGGUUAAGAAGCCUGAUGCACCGCAUCGUGUCUUCAACAAGGACAAUAUGCCUGGUCAUUGUGUGAAAGUGCCACAACAAAAUAAUUUCACCGAUUGUGGCCUCUAUCUGCUACAAUAUGUGGAACAGUUUUUCAAGGAGCCCAUACGGGAUUACAGGCUGCCCAUUAAGCAGCUGAACAAUUGGUUUGAUUUGCUCACAGUAACCAAGAAGCGUGAGGAUAUUGCUUUGCUAAUCCAACAGUUGAUGGACGACAACAACACACAGCGCCGUCUUAUAUUGCCAGUCAUCGAGUUUCCCACACUCAAUGGUCAGCUAGUCGAAUAUCCCGAGGAGGCGGAAAGUGCAGAGUUCGAAGAGGAAGAGGGCCAUGAGGAUGAGGAUCAUACUAGUGAUAUGCAUGAUGAGAAUAACGCUCCCACCGACAUGGAAGUAGAUCCCACUGCCGAGGAGCUGCAACAGGCCAAGACAAAUGCUGUGCGCAAUCUCUCAACAGCAAUUGCAACCACAGGAUCAUCUGGAUCAUCUACUGCAACCACUAGCCUUACGACAACAGUAACGACGUCCUCAACUCGAAGAAUUGUCCUAAAACGUCGCGUUCCUAUUAAUACUGCUGUGACGACGAGCGGCAGCAAUGGCAGCAUUGGAGCCAUCUGCGCGGGCAAUGGAGAGUCUCCGACGGUCUGCUCUUCGCCAGGAUUGACCUCCACUGUUCGAUUAUCAGCCGCGAAUCCAAGUGUCGGCCAAGGCAGUUUAAAAAUACGUAAAAUCGAGCCGUAGUAGACAAUGUUAAGAUAUGGAUCUGAUAAUGAUGACCGGUGCAUGCGCCAGUUUCAAAAAAUGUGUAAAUAUUAAGGUAAAUGAUAAGCUGAAAUUUAUAAAUAUAUAUGCGAGUAUACAUA